AGAAACACUGAAUUCUGGUGAAAUCCAUAAGGGCAACGUCAAUAAUAAAAAUUAAUUAUAAUAUGAGAUCUAUGAAAGAUAACCUUUAUAAAUUCAUUAGAAAAAGAGCGGUGACCUUUCGCUGUGUUUCCACAAGCGUCGAGAAGAAGUGGCAAAGUGUUGUCGGAUUAGAAGUUCAUGCACAACUAAAUACUAAAUCAAAACUGUUCUCCGGUGCACAAAAUACAUUCGGUGGUGUUGUGAACAAUUGUGUAUCGUUAUUCGACGCUGCUAUACCAGGAACUUUACCUGUACUAAAUAGAAAAUGCGUCGAAUUCGGUAUAAUGACCGCGUUAGCGUUGUCUUGUAAGAUUAAUGAAGUGUCAACUUUUGAUAGAAAACAUUAUUUUUAUGCCGAUUUACCUGCGGGAUAUCAAAUAACACAGCAAAGAGCGCCCUUAGCCAGUGACGGCAUUAUUAACUUUCAGGUAUAUACACCUGGUAUCCACAAAAAGCCUUAUAAAAAGAGUUCAAAGAUAAAACAAAUUCAAUUGGAGCAAGACAGCGGCAAGUCUCUGCACGAUGAAGAGCUUAAGCGUAGCCUUGUGGAUCUUAAUAGAGCAGGUGCCCCGCUUAUUGAGUUGGUCUUUGAACCAGACUUGGAAGACGGGGAGGAAGCAGCGGCGCUGGUGAAGGAGCUAUUGUUGGUAGUGCAGAGAUUAGGCACUUGUUCUGGUCGCAUGGAAGAGGGUGCUCUCCGUGUUGACGCUAAUGUGUCAUUGCGUCGCCCUGGAGCGCCUUUGGCAACAAGGACUGAGAUAAAGAAUAUUGGGUCAGUGAGAGGCGUCGCCGGAGCAAUUCGAUACGAAAUCGAUCGUCAACGUAAAAUCCUUGAGACCGGUGGUUGUAUCAUAAACGAGACAAGAUCAUGGGAUGCUGCCAACAGGGUCACUAUUGCCAUGCGAGACAAGGAGGUUGUCCAAGAUUACAGAUAUAUGCCAGAACCAAAUUUACCACCUUUGAGAGUCAAUCUCAAAACAAGAGAAGACAGCCGUGAUGUUCUUAGCGUACCACUUAUACAAGAACGAAUACCAGAAUUACCAGAAGAGACCAGGAGAAAUCUCAUCGAAAAAUCCCAUCUAAGACCGGAAACUGCAGUACAACUUGUUAAUGAACCUCUGUUAUUAGAAUACUUUAAAGCUUUAACUGAAAAUAAUGCAAGAAAUCCAAUCAAAGUGGCAAAUUUAUUGAUAAAUGAUCUAUUAACUGUUCUCAAUAAAAAUAAAGUUGACCUAGAAGAUUGUAACAUUACUAACAAGCAAAUGAUUGAAUUAGUGGAUUUAGUUUUAUCGAAAGACAUCAAUCUAGAAGUUUGCCGUAAUAUAUUGAAUGAAUUAGUUAGAUCUACUGAUGAAAAAAUGUCAGUUGUAUCGCUGAUAAAGCAAAGAGCUUGGUCUUUAGUGACAGAUGCUGAAAAAAUAAGUAAAAUGUGUAAAGAAGUUGUAGAUGAAAAUCCAAAAAUGGUUAAACAAUAUAAGGAUGGAAAAACGAAGGUGUUGAAAGCGUUAUUGGGAAUAUUUGCGAAAAAUUCUCGAAGUAAAUACGAUAUGUCUUUAGUGUCAAAGAUAAUGGAAGAUUUACUUAAAAAGUGAUAUAUUUUAGUAUUUUAAUAAGAUGUUAUUUUUUAUUUAAUAAUAAAGUGUAGAGAAAUUAGUUUGUGUUUUUGAUUAUAUAGUAA